UCCAUCUCGCCACAGCUGACAGCUAGAGUCCGGCGCUCUGAAGUCUGUUCUUUACAUUUGAAUAGAUUCCUAUUUCUAAAACUUAUUAUAUUUACAGCCAUUAACCUAUUACCUCUUGACCAUUUACUUAUCCGUUACACAACGAGUCACGCUGCACAAAGAGGAACUAUGCACCAGGGUCCAGCUUUGUGAAGUUAAUAAUUGCUCAUCUUGGAGGACGUUUUAAAAAGGACCGGGGCCACGGCGACUUCUCCUUCUGACAAACAGCCAACAUGGAGCAGAGGCAGCGCCUCUUUGUUUGUGUGCUGCUGGCACUUUGUGCGACACAGAGUGCAAACGGAGGGAACAUUUUGGUGUGGUACACCGAGGGCAGCCACUGGAUUAACAUGAAGCCGGUGCUUGAGACGCUGGUCGACAGGGGACACCAGGUGACGGUCCUGACCCCGGCUGCGUCGCUGUUCAUGAACGCGAGUGCCUCUUCCGGCUUUCGUUACGAACCCUUCGAUGUCUCAGUGUCGCUGGAGGACAUGGAGAAGUUUCUCGAAGACUUCCUUCACUUCUCCAUGUACGAGAUGGAUCAUUUGAGCUACUUGCAGAUUUACAUCAGAUUCAUUAAUAUGAUGAAGAAUGACCUGCAUAACUCUCUGAGGUAUUUGGACGGCGUGCUGAAAUCAGAAACCAUCAUGAAGAAGCUGAAGGAAGGAAACUAUGACGUUCUGCUGGCUGACCCCAUUUACCCCGGCAGUGACUUGACAGCAGAGAUUCUGGGUAUCCCCCUGGUAUUCUCUCUGCGCUUUUCCUUAGCUAAUAACUGGGAGAGAAAGUGUGGUCAGCUGCCCUCUCCACCUUCCUUUGUCCCAAGCGCUAUGAGCAAACUGACGGACAAGAUGGACUUCUCAGAGAGAGUGUGGAACUUUGUCUUCUAUUUCUUGCACGACAUUCUUCUAAAUAGCAUUUAUUGGCAUGAUGUAGAUCAAUAUUACUCCGAAGUCAAAGGGACGCCCACCAGUGCCUGUGAGACGAUGGGCAGGGCAGACAUCUGGUUGAUGCGAACCUACUGGGAUUUUGACUUCCCACGUCCUUUCCUCCCCAAUUUCAAAUAUGUUGGUGGAAUGCACUGCAGACCGGCUAAACCUUUGCCAGAGGAUAUGGAAGAAGUGGUGCAGAGUUCAGGAGACGCCGGCAUCGUGGUCUUCACCUUGGGAUCCAUGAUCAAGAACAUCACCAGAGAGAAGGGAAACAUGAUCGCCUCUGCCCUCGCUCAGAUCCCACAAAAGGUGCUGUGGAGAUACAGUGGAGAAAAACCUGAGACUCUUGGUGCCAACACCAGAUUAUAUAACUGGAUCCCUCAGAAUGACCUGCUGGGUCAUCCCAAGACCAGAGCCUUCAUCACCCAUGGCGGCACAAAUGGGAUUUAUGAGGCUAUCUACCACGGCGUUCCCAUGGUGGGCAUCCCCAUGUUCGCUGACCAGCCAGGAAACAUGGUCCAUAUGAAGGCUAAGGGAGCUGCCGUCACCGUGGACUUAAACUUCAUGACGACUGAGGACCUCAGAGACGCAAUCAAUACUGUUAUCAACGAGAAAUCGUACAAGGAGAGUGCCAUGCGUCUGUCCAGUAUGCACCAUGACAGACCCAUGAGUGCUUUGGACGAGGCAAUAUUCUGGAUCGAGUUCACCAUGAGAAACAACGGGGCCAAGCACUUGCGGGUCCAGGCCCAUGAGCUCACCUGGUACCAGUACCACAGUCUGGAUGUCCUGGCCUUCCUCCUCACCGUCGUUCUGCUCAUCACACUUCUCUGCGUCAAGGCCUGCAGUCUCUGCCUACGGAGGUGUUGCGGCUGGAAAGGAAAGACAAAGACUGAAUGACGGACUUAACCGAAUUGUAGUCAGUGGUUCACUGGUUGUCCUGUUUGGUCUAAAGCAUGUAGUGUACACACAACGUCUUGGACAUGUUUGUGGUCAGGGACCAUUAAUCCUCAACCUUAGAAACCACGUAUAAGGGCAGAAGAACUAAUGUAAGAACGUAAUGGGGGAAAAAGUGGGUUCACAGCAUCCAAUAUUCUGGUGAAACCCUUGCUUGAAUGAUCAUUUGUGGCUUAAGAGGAUCAAGGAUUUUGUUGUUUGCUUCACUUGUUUUAUGAUAAACGUGGAAGAAAAAAAAAAAAACCUCUUAAUCCUCAACAUGACGAGUCAAACACA